UAAACAGUGCAGAAAGGUCAAAAGAACGCUUGCCCGUCUCUCAUGGAUGCCCAACGGCCUAGUUUCUGUCCUCCUUUUAUCGAUUGCGGUUGAAAAGAACUGUCGCUUGCGGGUGCUUCGCCCCCGUCGCUAGCUUUGGUCUUAUCUUCGCUCACACUGCCAGUGCUGAACAUGGCACACACCCAACAGGUCGGCUACGACAGCCACCUUGAAAGCAUUAGAGAGCGAGAAUAUCCCAUGUUGAAAGACGUAACGUAUCUCGAUCAUGGAGGCACUACCCUGUACGCGAAGUCAACCAUCGAACGCUUCUCGGCAGAUAUGGUUGGAAACCUUUACGGCAACCCACAUUCGGCGUCUGCGGCUUCCCAGAAUGCGUCAAAGCGAAUUGAAGACGCACGGCUCCGUUUGCUAGGCCUGUUUAAUGCCAGCCCGGACGACUUCGAGGUCGUAUUUGUGGCCAACGCAACGGCUGGAAUCAAGCUUGUUAUGGACGCUUUGCGGGACAGCAGCGAAGGAUAUUGGCUGGGCUACCACAUCGACUCUCACACUAGUUUGGUAGGCAUGCGGGAAGUGGCGAACCGCUAUCUGUGCUUUGGAUCAGACGAGGAUGUGGAGCAUUGGCUGCAGGACGACAACGACCAGGAGCGGUCUGAGUACCAAGUCCUUGCCUAUCCAGCGCAAUCCAACAUGAAUGGACGGCGGCUACCACUGGAGUGGUGUGCACGAGCUCGGAGGAAGAAGUCUACGUACUCUCUGCUCGACGCCGCGGCGUACGUCUCGACCACACCACUGGACCUUAGCGAUGCGACUGCAGCGCCAGACUUCACGGUCAUGAGUUUGUACAAAAUAUUCGGCUUUCCAGACUUGGGUGCCCUCAUCGUUCGCAAGGCCGCUUCUGAGAUCUUCCAGAACAGGAAAUACUUUGGCGGCGGGACGGUGGACAUGGUUUUGUGCCUGAAAGAGCAGUGGCAUGCGAAGAAGGCCGAGUGCUUGUACGAGCAGCUCGAGGAUGGCACGCUUCCCAUACACAGCAUCAUCGCGUUGCAUUCUGCCAUGGACGUGCAUCAAGAGCUGUUCGGGUCGCUACGGUGCGUUUCUGAGCACUGCGCGCUUUUGGCGAAAACGCUCUACGACAAGCUUGCAUCGCUUCGUCACGGAAAUGGACGGCCGGUCUGUCACGUGUAUAAAGGCGCGACGAGCGAUUAUGCCGACGCGCGAACUCAAGGACCGAUCGUUGCGUUCAACAUCAUGAACGUGCAUGGCGGCUGGGUGCCUAACUCGGAGGUCGAAAAACUGGCUGCCGUUCGAAACAUUCAAUUGCGCACCGGCGGACUGUGCAAUCCAGGUGGAAUAGCGUCGUCGUUGCAGUUGGAACCGUGGGAGAUGAAACGAAACUUUUCCGCCGGACAACGUUGCGGGCAAGAAGGCGAUGUCAUGCACGGCAAACCCACAGGAAUGAUACGCCUGAGCUUGGGUGCCAUGAGCACGAUGCGGGACGUGCAAAGGUUUGUGGAUUUCAUGGAGGAGUUUUUUGUAGAACAACAUGUCCCGAUCCUCGAGUUUCCGCCUAGUCCUUCACGCGAGGAAGACCGUUGGUACGUCGAAAGUCUUACCGUGUUUCCAAUCAAGAGCUGUGCGGGAUAUAGGAUACCACCUCGCAUCCCUUGGCAUGUACACCCAACAGGCCUCGCCUGGGAUCGAGAGUGGUGCCUUGUUCGACCGGGGACUGGCACUGCUCUUAGUCAAAAGCGUUACCCACGUAUGGCACUCAUCAAGCCGAGGAUCGACUUGGAGCAGGGUGUCAUGCACGUGAGCUUUGCGGACAGCGAGGCUGGCAUUCGACCGAUCAUGAUUCCUCUAUCAGAUGACCCGGGUUAUUUCUCCUCAGAGCAUGGGCUUAAAGUACGAAAUGCGAAGGUCUGCGGGGAUACCGUAGCCGCCCGCACGUACCAGUCACCUGCCAUCACGCAAUUCUUUACGGAAGCAUUAGGGGUGGCUUGCCAAUUAGCUCGUUUUCCGCCGAACGGACUCUCAAGGUACGCUAAAGCUCAUCGGCAGGCUUUUCAACGACGGGACGACCCAGCAGUGCAUCUUCAUCAUGACCAACAUCAUAUCCCCGGCAGCUUUCCCGUUGACGAGCAACGCGUGGCUGUCGAUAUCCCUACCCAUCCCAUCUUGCUAUCAAAUGAGAGUCCGAUCUUGAUGAUCUCGCGAUCAAGCCUCAACUGCCUCAACGAGCAGAUCAAGGCAAACGGCGGCAGGGCCGUGCAUGCGGAGGCCUUCCGUGCAAACAUUGUCGUUGCAGAAUAUCAUAGAAGCAGCGCAUAUGGCUACUUCCAGUCCCCCUACGAAGAAGACUUUUGGAAAUUUGUCAAGAUAGGGGGUCAAUAUUUCGAGAUGUUGGGCUCGUGUACGCGCUGUCAGAUGGUGUGUGUCAAUCAAGAGACGGGAGAGCGGGCGUCGGAACCCUUCAGCACUCUCGCGAAGACCAGAAGAUUUGACGGGAAAGUGUAUUUUGGUCAGCACGCUUGCCAUGUGCAGACCGCGCACGACCGUACACCCGAGGCACAGGCUCCAACCAUCAUGGUAGGCGCGCAGGUGGUGCCUUUUGAGGGCGCUGAUGAGCUAGCCGCUCUGUCUACGGGCUGAUUCUAGGCACUGAGCUUCGCAUCUACUUCGUGAUUCAGGUCUUACUCAAACCUCCGCCUCGCAAGGUGCAGCACGGCACCGUGCUGGUCGUGUUUGUACAUAGAAAUUUGAAGGUCUUUUGUCGUGGCACUACGACGCUUAAGGAAUGACGACGUCCCCCAAGGACGAAUCCUACAGCGGCAUUCGUCGGAUGCGAAAGCACUGAAGCGCCAUGUGAUCGCAUGUCGAUUUUUGCCGCACUGAUGGAUACGCAUAUGACGUGUACAAGCACAAUGUAAAAGAGAUGGUCAGCAUUUCGAGUCUACAACGAACAUCAGCCAGUUGGCCUGCAUUUCUCCGUGCUCCAACCUGCUCAGUGUGAUUCGUUUUUUAUCUUGUGCGUCCUCUAAGCCU